AGGACAACUCGAUUUUUUCUUGCCACCAAACAGUUCGACCAUGCACGAGACCUUCUCAAACCGAUCUCCUGUUGCUGUACAACUCUCAGAAGCGCCUUGUCCUGCGAAGCAGAUGACAACUCCUUCCAUCUUCAUCAAGUGCAGCAGCGCAGAAAUGCGUCAGAACCGAAGUCGCUUCGAUCAGGACCUCUCUGAGCCUGUCAAGAGUCUCGAUCAUCAGUUCAAACAGCAGGGGAUACUUGAGGCCGUAAAGGAGAACAUCGUCAACGCGUCCGCCCCGAGGAACGCAAGUCUUGCAAGGCAGGAGCAUCGGGCUGGCCUCAGCGACCGCUCCGCCGCCAUGAACAAGGAGGGCAAGACCUACACCCAUGACGUCACCAUCAGCAGCGUCGGAUCCACCCCCAACCACUUGGUGAGGGAACGAGCCACCGUGGAGGCCUCGGAUGCCACGAAACAGUUGACCGACAUCCUGCAUGGAAUCGACAGGCUGCUGAAGGGCAUUGACACUGUCUCGAUCUUCCAAGAUCGGGAGGCGGGAAGGGAGAGCUCUCCUGCGGUAGACGCGCAUGCAUCCUCUGACGGCAGCGGCGCUUCCUCCUUCGUCAACGACUGGUGCCAGUCCCUCACCGUUACCGUCAGCCCCUCAGCCGCCGACCAGGUUGACGCGCCAGGAAGCGCAGACAGGGCUGAGAUGAGGACGGGGAAGGACGAGGAGGAGGCAGGUGGAUUGGCAGGACUGAGACUGCAAGGCAUGAUCGGGGCGGCAAGGGAGCUCGACAGCCGAGAGGCUGUGGAGCGUCGGGUCGAGACAGUGAUGG